AGUUUACGAAUGUGUUGAUAAGAUAUUUAGAUCUAGAAAUUCUAGAUCAGCUGCCUCUGUAUUUUCUUCAUCAGAACUUUGUACCAAUCAUAACAGAAUUCAUCAAAACAGAUUUUAGUUGUAGACUUGAUUCUAAUAAUACAUUUGUAAACUUCCAAGAUGCCUAGAAGCCGAAGCAGAUCACCGCCUAGUAAACGAGAUAGGAGAAGAUCAAGGUCUCGUUCUAGAGAAAGGCGGCACCAAAAGAAGAGAAGUAGAUCACGAUCACCAAGACAAAGGCCUUCACCUCCACCAAGACACAGGUCUAGAUCCAUUUCUCCUCGGAAAAGGUCAACAACCCCUCCUAAAAAAAUUAAAGAUAUAGAUCCAGAAAAAAUUGAUCCUAAAGUAAUAAACAAUAGAAUUUCUGUCGACAACAGUCAACUUGAUGGGCUUGGUGAAGAGCAGUUAAACAUGAUGAAACUUAUGGGCUUGUCUACAUUUGAUUCUACUAAGGGAAAACAAGUUGUUGGCAAUGAUGUUUCAGCUGUGAAUUUACAAAGAAAGAGAAGUUACAGGCAAUACAUGAACAGAAGAGGAGGCUUCAAUCGACCAUUGGAUUUUGUAGCUUAUUAA